AAAAACCGAGGAAAAACCGUGAAAUAAUUGAUUCGUUAUGUGUAACAACCACAUUCUGCCGUGAUAGUGAUACGACCUUCGGCCCACUGCCCACUGCCCACUGCCCACUGCCACUGCCCUCUGUCCACCGUACCUCCUCUCUCUCUCUCUCUCUCUCUCUCUCUCUAGAGCGGAAUUUGAGCAUCCCAACGUAACUUUUAAGAGAAAAAGCAUAUCAGUUUGUAGUAGGACUGCAGCUUGCAGCUCAAGCUGCAUAGCUACUUUGAAAGACCAAAAAGGUUGCAUUCACCGUCUAAACCUUUCUCCAAAAGCUUCCUUCUCCUCCUUUUUAUGCCUUUCCAGUUUCCACAAGGAAAAAUUGCAACCCAUCUCUCAAAUUCUUCAGAAAAAAAGUCGAAAAAAGAGAGCUUAAUCCUCGGUUUUGACCUGUGAAUAUGGGGUUGGUGGGAAAGUUGGUUUGGGUGAAUGCAUACAGCAGGAAGCAGUGCAGGAGCUUGUUCUGGAGAGUUAGAGCUGCAUUGAGGAAGGCUAUCAAGAAUUCUGGGAAGCAGCGGCUGAGGACGUUCCAGUAUGAUCCUUCGAGCUACGCCCUGAAUUUCGACGAUGGAAGCUGGAAAUCGGGGGAGGGAGGAGCAAAUGCUGCUUUCAAACUUGCUAGACCUCAGCAUGGAUCGGGUUCGGAUUCGGAUAUCGGCAGUUCUGGGUGGGUUUAUAUUCUUUGGGUGAUUUCCGAGUGAUGUUUUUGGAAGAAUAUGGCGGAGGAAAGUAAAUUGUUAUGUUCUAUUUUUAUUUUUAAUUAGUUUUGUGUUGUGUUAAAAAAUCCCAUGCUUGUUAAAAAGUAUGGUCAUUGUCCAAACGAUGAAUGAAUCCAGGUUAAGCCAAUUGGUCA